UGGGAUUAAUUUUCGUUACUGUCAACAAUAAAACUUAAAAACAUUGCGGCAGCUUUUCUGUGUUGUAAAAAUCUAUCUGUGUUCCCUGCUAAUCAACUCCGCAUUUGGCGAUAAUCCUCAGCCGAGUGCAAGUGUAGUCAUUCCUCACUUCACCCAAGUGCUUAAUCUUACAUUGUGCCUUAAUUGUAGAAACAGCCCGUACUUACAAAACAUGAUUUCGCAUGAGCAGGAAACUUUCCUUGGAUUCGACCUCAGCACGCAAAAGCUCAAAGCGGUGCAAUUAUCUAACACACUGGAAGUGCUGGCACAAGCUGAAGUAAAGUUCGACUCUGAUCUUCAGGGUUUUCGGACAUUUGGAGGCGUCAAUGCGGGUACGCAGAAGCAAGAAUUCUUUGUGCAACCGGUAAUGUGGGUGAAGGCCCUGGACAUGGUGUUGGAUCGUUUGGUGGUCCAGGGCGCAGAUCUCAGUACUGUGGCAGCACUAAGUGGUGCCGCACAGCAACAUGGAUCGGUCUACUGGUCCCGUCACGGUGUCCAAAUUCUCGGGAAUCUCGAUCCAGACAAAUUCCUCCAUAUGCAAAUUGACGACUCCGCCUUCACGCUCACCCGCACGCCCAUCUGGAUGGACGGCACGACGACAAAGCAGUGCCACGAGAUGGAGGAAGCCAUUGGGGGACGUGAUCAAAUGGUCCAACUCACCGGCUCAAAAUGCUACGAAAGAUUCACCGGGCCGCAAAUUAGAAAGAUUUUCCAGCAACGUCCCGACGUCUAUGAGCACACUGAGCGAAUAUCCCUUGUCAGUAGUUUCCUAGCAUCGAUCUUCCUUGGGGCUGUAGCUCCCAUUGAUUACUCCGAUGGCUCAGGCAUGAAUCUCCUGGAUAUUGUGAAGAAAACUUGGUCACAGGAAUGUAUAAAUUCCUGUGCUCCUGAUUUGGAGCCGAGACUUGGUGAAUUGAGAUCCAGUACGGAAGUUUUGGGUGAUAUUGCCCCCUUUUUCGUGCAGAGAUUCAAUUUUAGCACAAACUGCAAGGUGGUUGCGUUCACGGGGGAUAAUCCUUCAGCCCUCACGGGAAUGGUUGUGGACAGAGAUUGGCUGGUCUUAUCUCUCGGGACAAGUGAUACGGUCAUGAUGACACUCGAUGAACCACCAAAGUUCGAGGAAGGGCAUGUGUUCAUCCAUCCCACGGACACAAAGAGUUACAUGGGGAUGCUGUGUUUCAGAAACGGUUCUCUCGUGCGAGAUAAAUUCAAACACGCUGAAGGCAACAACAGCUGGGAUUACUUCAGUGAACUCCUGGAAUCCAUGCCGAGAGGAAAUUUCGGGAAUAUGGCUUUGCAUUUUGUGAAUCAAGAAAUCAUUCCCAAUGUCAAGGGCACCCUGCGAUGGAACAAAGAUUCCUCGUCAAGUAAUCCCGAAGCUGCCAAGGGUGUUGCCAAAUUUUCAUCUCCACAGACGGAGAUUCGAGCUCUAAUUGAGGGUCAAAUGCUCCACCGGCGAGCCAUUGCAAGCGAUAUGGGCUUCCUUUUCGGCGAGAAUACGCGUAUCCUUGCCACGGGUGGAGCGUCGGCCAAUAAAGCCAUCCUGCAGGUGAUGGCAGAUGUGUUCAAUGCCCCUGUCUAUGUGCAAUCGGCUACUGAAGCUGCCCUCCUGGGGGCAGCCUAUCGUGCCAAAUACGCAAUGUACCUGCAAGACGAUGAGACGCGAAAGCUUGAUCCGGAAAACAUUGAGAGCUACUACAGCUUCUUCCAGCGUCUUCUUCCGCACCAUGUGCAAUGCGUCUGUGAACCUAGCCGCGACAGUCACGAAAUCUACACAAAAAUGCUAACGCGAUGGCGUGAAAUGAUCACAGUUCUUAUGACACAGCAGCAGGACUAAAAGUUCAGCUGUGUGCCAACGUCCCUGACAGAUCUGAAUUUUAAUUCACGGACAAAGCUUAUCAAUUUCUUAUAAAAAAAUCAAAAUAUUAAUGUUAAAAAAGGUCUGUCAGGGAAAGGACUCUAGAAAGGAUAUUAAGUAGAUUAGCUAAAAUUGGCUUUGUCAUCUAGCAGCUAAAAAAGCUUUAAAAUGCAUUUUGCAACCAUGGGAUAUUUUAUUUUGCAAAGAGAAAUACUUACCUAUUUUAUACUCAUGAUGGCUAAAUUUAUUAAUUCAAUUCUUUUACAAAUAAAAAUAUUUAUUUUAAAUGAAAUUAAAAA